AUGUUCGGAAUACUAGCGAUAUUAUCCUUUUUCAUAACCUAUUCUAUCUGUGCAACUCAAAUUCAUGGACCUCUCAGCAACGACUUUCAACAAUGGCUUUCAAGAAAUGGUUACCAAAAUUAUGAUUUUGUGAGAGCUGACUACGGUACACAAGGCAGCUACGGUGGAAAAACCGAAAACAGUUCUACGAUUAGCCACGUUCCAGUCAUAUUCAUCCACGGAAACUCAGAUGCAGCUUUAUACAUGUCGAAAACAGCCUCAGGAUGGACAAACUCGAUCCAGUAUUUCCUGGACAAAGGGUUUACUCAAGCAGAACUCUAUGCAACAUCAUGGGGUGACACAAACACUAUGAAUGCGGCAAAAAGGACACACAAUUGCAAUGACCUAUCUCGGCUUAGAAGCUUUGUUCAAGCGGUUCUUGCCUACACUGGAGCACCAAAAGUUUCGCUGAUCACACACAGCAUGGGAGUCACUCUGGGCCGAAAACUGAUCAAAGGAGGACAAGUUCUCGAAGAAGAUGGCUACUGCAAUCUUGGCAACCCUAUCACCUCAAACAUAGAUGUGCUACUCGGACUUGCCGGUGGGAACUUCGGACUGUGCUCUUGCGAAGGAGCUGGUGUCCUAGAGCCAACAUGCAACAAACAGAACGGCUUCUGGCCAGGCGACACUUGUGGACUUAAUACUUAUACUUGCGGAGCAAAUCCACUACCGUUCCCUUGCAAUGGACCUACAUAUUCUAACUUACUUAUGGCUAUGAAUAUGGACAAUGUCAGAGAAGCAUCGAUGGUCUUCUCAGCAUGGAGCAAAGCUGAUGAUCUUAUACUAUUUGGAGAUCAGGUGUGGGGAAGACCAACGUCGUUAAUUCCGACCUCAAGCGGAAAGGUGGUAUACACAAGCUAUACACAUAUGCAAACAAAGGAAAACACUGCAGCCGAUCAGUACACAAUGGUGGUUAAGAAGACGCUUCCGACUUCCGAUAUGAAUGGAAUUUCACAAAGUGAUUUCGUCAUGUGA